AUGUCGUUCUUUAGACCCCGCCAUGUCGCUCUUUUGCUAUCAAUUGCCAUUGUAUGCGUUUAUGCCCAAGGGCAAGGCCAUGCUACAUCUGUUGCGAGCAUGAGCUUACCCGAAAUUGAGGAACAGCUCCAACAAUGUCCUCUUGUGCAAGAUCUCAAUGUAUAUAAACAAAUCAUAUCUCCAGUUACCUCGACCCUCUCUUCCCGCAUAUUUGCAGUCCUCUUCCCUUCCACGCCCGCCGUCAAUGCUCUUCUAGCAACCCUUUAUAUCUCCGGACCUCCCAAUUUCCUCCUCGCGUUAUGCCCACCAAAUAUCGAUCCUUCCUCUCUCUCCGUAAUGGUAGCAUUCGCAGUCGGCGGUCUCCUAGGCGAUACAUUAUUCCAUCUCCUCCCCGAAAUCUUCCUCGGCGAGGAUGCACAUGAGAAAGUACGAUUCGUGUUGGUAGAACCUAACCGCAAUUUGUUAUUGGGAGUUGCGAUUAUGGUUGGAUUCAUUACGUUCGUUGCUAUGGAUAAGGGAUUAAGGAUUGCUACUGGUGGAGCAGGCCAUGAUCACUCGCAUGGAAAUGAGAGCGAGAAGGAAACCUUUGCCGUUUCGAGUAAUUUGGAUACUACACCUGCAAAAGGUACCAGAUCAAGGAAGAAGGAGAACGGAAAGUCAAUUGUGGAAGUUCAGAAGACUGAGAAAGAGAUCAAUUCGAGUGUGAAGCUUGCUGGAUAUCUCAAUCUUAUUGCAGAUUUUACCCACAACAUCACCGACGGUCUCGCCAUGUCGUCCUCCUUCUACGCAUCCCCAACUAUAGGCGCAACCACCGCGGUCGCAGUAUUCUUCCACGAAAUUCCCCACGAAGUUGGUGAUUUCGCCCUUUUGAUCCAAUCCGGGUUCUCCAAACGUGCAGCAAUGGGUGCACAAUUCGUUACCGCACUUGGAGCUCUUCUCGGCACAGUUAUUGGCAUCACGAUACAAGAGUACGGAUCUAGUGGAGAAGACGGCGGUAUUGGCAGAUUCGAGGGACUGAUGGGUACGAGUUUGGAGUUGGGUGAUAUGUUGUUACCAUUUACUGCUGGAACGUUCUUGUAUGUGGGAACUGUAGCAGUUAUUCCGGAAUUGUUGGAAACCGGGAAGGAUAGGGGUGUUGAGUUGACAAAGACUCUCAAGCAAUUCAUGGCUAUGGCUGCUGGAGCUGGAAUUAUGCUUUACAUUUCUUGGUCAUAG